CUGAAAUAGACUACGCGGAAGGUCUGGUAAAUUGUGAAGUGACACGUUUAACAUGGCGACGGGAGCGGAUCAGGCUGUCGGCAUGGGGCUCGUGGGCUUCAGCAUCUUGCUGUUUGCCUAUUACACCGUCUGGGUCAUCGUAUUGCCGUUUGUUGACAGCGAUCACGAAAUCCACAAAUACUUUCUCCCUCGGGAGUAUUCAGUCAUUCUUCCAGGAGUUGCAGCAUUAAUUCUUAUCCUGUGUAUAGGAACCUUUAUUGGAGUGGUCACCUGGAAGAAUCGAAAACCUAAGAAAGUUGACUAGAGCCCUCAGAGUUCGUCAUGCUUCUGCGAAGACAGAGACUGUAGAUCCUUACAUGCUAGUUACCAAACCUCCCCCGUCUCUCUUUGGAGAUUUCCUGUUUUACGCCUUUAGACCAUCACUCAAGAUGGAGUCUGGACUGGGCUGUUCUGGAAUGUUCUUCUGGGAGGCUGACAAAAUGGCUGAUGACUCUUUUAAAAACUACAAGACUGUGUGUGGAAGCCACUGCAGCACCAGCUCUCUGCUGUUGAAAGAGACAUUGCUGCACUGCAUAAUCCAGCAGUGGAAAUCUCAUAGCUGCAGCCUUGACCAUCAGCCAAAGAUUUCUGUGUCCAUCAACCAGUGAAUGUGACUGAUCAAUGUAUUUGCUAUCUCUCUGCCCAUACUGCACUCGAUAAAUGCUGGUUUAGUGCUGCUGUGGGGGUUGGUGAUAGCUUCAUUGUCAAUAGUUUUAAUUCUCGCUCCACCUUUCAAACUGCUGUUGUGUCAGGCACGUACUAGUGUUGCAGGGCUGUCUGUAUUUGUUUUUUUGAAUGUAAAUAGGUCAAAUUUAAGAUGUAUAAUGAAAGACUGAUUAAAAGGACUGAGAUACUUGGCUCUGUUAAAACUGAAUACAAACUGUAAGAGAAUCUGAGAAAUGUCAAUGAAUUUGUCCAUCACAGUAAAAUAAGUCCAUCUGGCUCUAUUUUUAUAUGCCAUAAUAAAGCAGUAAUUCAUUAA